GUUCCAGUUAAUACGCGAGUUGCUGCUUUUACAAAACUCUAAGUGGAAUAACACACCCAAAGUUUACUGUCGUUACUAAAACUGAGUGUCACUCCGCUCGAUGUCGAGUUUAAAGUAGAAUUAACAGUGCGACAAGGAGCAAAGAGACGCUUCACGGAACAUAUUUGCCGUCUCGCAAACCCGGAGGCUUUCAUAAGGAGUUUGUGUCGCCAAGAAUUGUUAACAACAUAUAUCGUAAAUUCUUAAAGAGUAUUUAGACGGUUGCAAAGAACAUUAUUAAACAAGUAUUUACAUUGAAUGCGUUAGUGGUUCUGUGAAUGCGGCUAGCCUUGUAUUUUGUAUGAGAACUGCUUAAUUGUCGGCUAUCGUAAAUUGGAAUUAUCUUUCAAUGAUUACUUUUGCGACAUGUGUUUGCUUUCCUUCCGACAGUGAAUGAAACACAUUAAAAAGUGGGAAAAUAUGUUGAAAAAGUUCUGAGAUGCACGUAUACUGACUGGUUUAUGAGAGCUCCUGAAAUAUUGAAAGAUGACUUUUAUCAUUAACAUAGAACUGUGUUUAUGAAGCUCAUAUUUAAUUGAGGAAAUAAUUGUUUGAUUGCUGAUAUAUGGAAACACGAAGAUGGAAAUGAAAGCAAGCUAUGUUAACUAAUUCGAUACGUAUACAUAAAUCUAUAUAUUAAUAAAUGCUAAAUAUUGAUGAAGUGAUAUACAUCGUAUAAAAGCUUAUAUGUAUAGCAUUUUUACGAUACAUUUUUUUCAACAUGGGAAACAAGCCUGCAAAACCAAAGGGUAAAUACCUAGGUAAAUUAUUAAAAAAAUUCCCUAACAUGAACUUCGAGGAAUUGUUUAAUAUUUACGAAGAUUUCCAGACGCAAUCCCGAGGCACGGGUCGCCUAAGCAAGUCAGAUUUCAUAAAAGUUUACCGAAGAGCUUUCAAAGGAAACAGUGGGGCAAAAACUCUUGCAGAGAAUAUCUUCCAGUCCUUUGACACUGACAACAGUGGCUAUGUCGAUUUUGAGGAAUUUCUUGUCGGCCUGAGUCUCACAGAAGCAAGUCUUGGUGGAUCGGACCGAGAAACAAAGUUUAAGAAACUGAAGUGGGCAUUUAAUGUUUACGACAAAGACCGAAGUGGGACGAUCGACAAACAAGAAAUGCGAUCAAUAGUGCGGGCUGUGGCAGAACUCGCUCCCAACGACUCGUUUCUAGGCGAAGACUCAGCAGAUGACUUUGCAGAUCGAUUAUUCGAGCAUGUGGAUGCGAACGGAGACGGAAAUAUUACAUUUGAAGAGUUCCGAAGGGCAGCUGAAAUCAACGAAACCUUGAUAGAUUUAUUGCUCCCAGCGCCAGAAGUUUGAUUAACAGCGUGGAAUAUUUCUAACUUUCGCUAAAUUUAGUACUAAUGUGUAUGUUUUAGUUACAUUUCACGAAAUAAUUGAGUCACGUAAGUUUAAUUUAUCCAAAUAAAUCAACAACUAUUACUUGUGGAAGUGUUUAACAGUUUAGACACGUGGUCUUGUUUUAUCUUUUGGAAGUAUUGAUAAGUUAAAAAUUGGUGUCAACUACUUAAUAACUGAAAUAAGAUUAAAUGAGAGAAUAAAGUGAAACAUUUCUCUUAGGUGGGUUACAUUCCACUAGAAAACAGACGAAAAAAGGUGCAUAAACAAGCGUUUUUGUUUUUAGUUAAUUUCUUUCUUGCAUACCGCAUACGUUUUUAUUGCUGAAAUCAAUUCAGCUUAGAAUUCUAUUUGAGAGAAGUUGUGAUUUGAGGGUCUCUAUGUGCAAGAUGUUGCAUUUAUGUUUUGUUAAAGUUGUGACUUUUACAUUAAAUUACAUAUGGGUUGGGUUUAGUAUAAUAUCAACGAUUGUCAGGUUUGUUUAGGAAACGGUUCAAUUGCUUAACAUCAUACCAGAGAAUAUGGUAACAAAAAAGUAUGAUGAUUGCUUUUAUAAAUAAUAAUAUUCAUUCAGUCACAUAGACAUUGAUUAUUUUAUGACAAAUACAAAAUUUGAAGAAGAAACUCAACACCCGCUAUUCAUAUAUUCUUAUUAAUAAUAUAACAAAAAUACUGCUACAUGCCCAUAUAUAGGACAUGGUUCAUGCGUUAUGAUUAAAAUACACGUAUGUUA